AAUCACACCUCAAAUCUCUUAAUCAUCUCAUUUCAUCUUCUCUUUACUUGAUUUACUUUUAGCAAUUUCACUCAAAGCUUCCAUGGCUGAGGAGAAGCACCACCACCACCAUGGCCUCUUCCACCACAAGAAGGACGACGAUGAAAUCCCUGUUGAGCCAUCUCCCUACUCCGAUACCCCAAUUGAGACCUCUCCCUACUCCGAUGCCCCAAUUAACACCUCUCCCUACUCUGACCCACCUGUUCAGUCCUCUGCCUACUCCGAGACAACUGUCUACUCUGAGUCUGCUCCCCCACCUGAACCUGAAGUUGAUUACAAGAAGGAGGAGAAGCAUCACAAGCACCUUGAGGAACUCGGCGGUUUGGGUGCUGCUGCCGCUGGCCUUUACGCAGUGCAUGAGAAGCACAAGGCAGAGAAAGAUCCAGAGCAUGCCCACAGGCACAAGAUAGAGGAAGAGAUCGCAGCAGCAGCCGCAGUGGGAGCUGGUGGUUUUGCUUUCCACGAGCACCAUGAGAAGAAAGAAACAAAGGAAGAAGAGGAGGCUGCUCAUGGAAAGAAGCACCACCAUCUCUUUUAAUUAACAUCUAUUUUCUCGUGUGUGGGGUGAUCACCAGUGAGCAACUACCCUAAAUAACUUUACAUCAGUCAUGAUGAGUGGGUUUGUGUGUUAAUUAGUGUUUGAUUUCUAUGUAUGUCCCUUAUUUUGUGUUUCAAGUUAAAACCUUCCUUGGUACAGUGUGUCCGUGUCCUUGUAUCCCAGCUGUUCUGAUUAUGAUAUUAAAUUAUAAUAUUAUUUGAGAGGUAUGAUCUUAGUCACUUCUUUUUAAUUCU